AUGGCCAAAUCAGACAACAUGACCUUGUUGCUUUUUGCACUGAUCAUGACAUUACAAAUUGCAACAUCAAAUGCUGCAGGAACAUCAACAACUAUUUGCAAGGUGACUAUCAAUGACCUUGCACAAUGUCUACCAGCAGUGAUGGGCAAGAAACCUCCACCACCAACACCGGCUUGCUGCGCAGCGCUACGCAAGGCUGAUCUACCGUGUAUGUGCAAACAGAAAUCCCAGUUGGGACAAUUUGGGAUCAGUCCUGCAGCUGCUAUGAAACUGCCUAAGCAAUGUAGGGUUAAUGUCCCUCGUGGAUGUUAA